UGCGGGGAGCUCACAAAAUUCUAGUUGCGACUUCUCCAUUUAACUUUGCGAUUAACUCUGUAGGUGUGAAACUGAACAGCACUGACCUGUUGCUCUACUUUUUUUUUUUCUUUCCUAUUUGUUAGAGAGAUCGGGAGUCGAAUAAAAUACGUUUUGUGAUGUUUGCAAAAGUGGUUUAAAAACUACCCGAAGCCGCACGGCACCGUGGAGCGUCGUUCCUGCCACACGCAACAUGUGCUGAAGAUGGAGAAAGAAGGAGCCAAGUUGCACCUGAAAGAGUGGCUGGUAGCUCAGAUAGAGAGUGGGAAAUAUGAGGGCCUGUGCUGGGAGGACGAGGGCAAGACCAUGUUCAGAAUCCCCUGGAAGCACGCAGCCAAGAAAGACUACAAGCAGACGGAGGAUGCGGCUCUCUUUAAGGCCUGGGCUGUGUAUAAAGGCAAAUACAAGGAGGGCAGGGACAAAGCUGAUCCCACGAUGUGGAAGACCCGACUCCGUUGUGCACUCAACAAGAGCACUGACUUCCAGGAGAUUCCUGAUCGCAACCAGCUGGACAUCACUGAGCCCUAUAAGGUCUACCGAAUUGAGCAGGACGUCUGCCCAUCUAAGCCAGCAGUGCAUCCUCAGUCAAAAUAUGUGUUCAGCCAGGUUAAUCUAUCUCCAGGGAUCCCUUGUUCUCCGAAAGAACAGCUUCACUCUCAAAAGGAAACGUUUCAGGCACAGAAAGAAGAAAAACCAUGUGCUGAUGACCUGAUGAGGGAGCACAUGUACUGUGAGGUAACCGAGAGGAAACAGCUAAAUCAGCCUCCUGCUCCAAUAAGUUUCCUCAGCCCUGCACUAAAUAUAACGGACUUUCGCAUGCAGGUGAGACUGUUGUACAACGGCCAGACGGUGACAAAAGUGACCACGCAGAGCCCAGAUGGAUGCUUUAUCCUCCAGGGUCAUGUUCCUUUGGGAAAUGAACAAAUCUAUGGACCCUGCACUGCCCAGCAGCUCUCUUUUCCCUCCCCGGGCUCCGUGCCGCUUCCAGCCAGCAUGGCAGAAGCAAUGAAUCGCCUUCUUUGUCACCUGGAAAGGGGUGUGCUGUUGUGGGUGGCACCAGAUGGGGUCUUUAUCAAGCGCUUCUGCCAGGGCAGAGUGUACUGGAGUGGGCCCCUGGCCCAGCACAUUGACAGGCCAAACAAACUGGACAGAGAAAAGACCUGCAAGCUGCUGGAUAUACCCAUGUUUCUAAACGACCUCCAGAACAGUUUACAGGGAAAAGGGCCAAUACCUUCAUAUGGGAUCGAGCUCUGCUUUGGGGAAGAGUUUCCUGACCCAAAUGUACCUAAAACCAAGAAGCUCAUAAUGGCACACGUGGUUCCCUUGUUUGCUGUGGAACUGUUACAGAGAUUCAGCUUGGGACAAACUGAGGAGAAACAUCAGAAUCUCACCUCCAACGCAGAAGGAAAGAAGAUGUCAGAAGACUGAGAAAUCUGCCAUGUGCCUGAGUAGGAACGAACAAUUCACAAGUGAACUUGAUUUCCCUCCUUGUAAUCAACAUGACGGAUAGUAACACAUUAAUAUCAGUGAAGUUGUAUAUAUAUACAUAUAUAUAUAUAUAUAUAUAAAUAUAUAUUAUGAAAAUUAACCGCGUAGUAGCUACAUUUGCAAGGUGUUAUGGGAAAUUUCAUGUAAUCUUCAUUAUUGCAGCUUGUAUUCUAUUUUCUACAGUGCAGCUAGACACCUGUUGUGCAUUUUGCUCAAAGCAUGCUGAUAAACAAAUAAUAAUGUGAAUGUUUUUCUCCCUCUUCAGUUGAUGUUGAACUCAUACUCAGAAAAUGACAUGCUAAUUUAAUUUUCUCCUACUGGAACAAAUAUGUGGAAUAAAUUGACAGCAGAAAUUAAA